AGGCAGGACCGUUUAAGGUUAACUGACAUUUGGCUCUCGUGGGUAGCACAAGGAAACUCAGGCCACAUUUUGCACAGAGCAGGAGGCAGAGAGCAGGAAAGCCACGAACCAUGUCUGCAGGGCUAGAGAUUGUAGGGAUCGCGCUGUGCGUGCUGGGGUGGAUCAUCGCCAUCGUGGCCUGCGCCCUGCCGAUGUGGAGGGUGACGGCGUUCAUCGGCAGCAACAUCGUGACGGCGCAGGUGAUCUGGGAGGGCCUGUGGAUGAACUGCGUGACUCAGAGCACGGGGCAGAUGCAGUGUAAGGUGUACGACUCCAUGUUGGCCCUUCCCCAGGACCUGCAGGCGGCCCGCGCCCUCACCGUCAUCUCCAUCAUCCUCGCCGUCCUGGCGGUGCUCAUCUCCAUCGUCGGCGCCAAGUGCACCAACUGCAUCGAGGAGGAGGCAUCCAAGGCCAAGGUGAUGAUCAUCGCGGGUGUCUUCUUCAUCAUCGCCGGUGUCAUGCAGCUGAUCCCCAUGUGCUGGACCGCCAACACCAUCAUCAGGGACUUCUACAACCCCCUGCUCACCGACGCCCAGAGGAGAGAGCUGGGGGCGUCCCUCUACAUCGGCUGGGCGGCGGCCGCCCUCCUGAUUAUUGGGGGCGCCAUGCUGUGCUGCUCCUGCCCCCCCCGGGAGAGGAAAUACAACCCCUCCAGAAUGGCUUACUCAGCCCCCCGGUCGACAGCUGGGGCCGGCUACGACAAGAAGGACUACGUCUGAGGUGACCGAGACUGCCUGCACUCUCCUGUAAGGGAUUCUCUGCUUCACCUGCGUGCGAGGUGACUGUGAAAUGAGCUCCGUGAAGAGACUCCGCAAUGAAGGGACGUAUUCGCUCUCUCACUGUUGUUUGUGAUUCUUUUGAGGCAUAUUUUCUUUUCAAAAGAGCUGUUUCGCUUUAGGUUUGGCUUGUAUUCUGCUUUGCCUCACUGUCUUUGGAAGAAGGUAACACCAGGGACCAAGGUGAUGAGAUGUUACAUUUGGCUACUGU